UAGCGACAACUCGUUUCGUUAGAUUUCAUCAUCUCGCGUACAUUCGGUGGCGUUUCCGAACCAAUUAUAGCAUAAUCCGACAGCCCAUGCGGCUAAAGGCUUACAUCAGAAACCAGGCUCUCAUUUUGUACAACUCCGAAUAUGAACAUAGAAGCCAUACUACUUGCCAAAGACUCCUUCCCCGAGAAACGUCCCGACAACAAAGUCAGUAGGCUUUUAGAAACGCUUAUAGACGACGACCAACUUCUACAAAUCUGCCCAAAGCUGUCGUUAUUCGCAUACGAGGACGGUUUCGAGGUCGUUGGAGAGGAAUGUGGUCUGGAUCCUCCGAUUACGCUUUGCAAGCCCUGCAAGGAAUUGAUGCAAAACCCCCCUCCCAUUUGGGAUAAUGACGGAAAACGACCUCAAUCAUGGGUUCCAUUCCACAAGAACAUUUCUCAACUUGGGGACUGCUGUAAUAGCUCGCAAGGGACUUGUCGAAUAUGCUGUAUGAUUUGGAAUAGGGCUUGUAUUCUCUUGCGUGAGAUCAUAUAUCCGUCGUUCUCUCAUCUCAAUAGAAUACACCGUUCUAAGUCGAUUGCGCGAUAUAUGGAUUGGGUCGGAAAUCCGUUGACAGUUGGUCUGCAAGCAUGGGCUAGUCGAUCCGUUAUAUUCCGUGUCAAUUUGGGUAUCCUCGAAACAGAUAUCGAGCCUCAAGUUCACAUAUGCAGACUUGAUUCCUUUAAGAAAGAACCAAAAGACGGAAUAGUCUACGGCGACAACCCCAACUUCAGCCUAUCCAAAUCCACAGGCUCUCCGGCGACACUUUCACAAAUUAAGCAGUGGCUAGACUCUUGCAAAGACAACCAUUCCUUCUGCAGAACCCCAUUAUCGAAGAACGGACGUCCGACAAGACUGAUCAAGAUCCAAGACGGCGGGACAACAUUUAGCCUGAAAGACGACUUACAGGACGACGUGGAAUACGUAGCUAUCAGCUACCGAUGGGGCUCCAACAAGAAAAUAUACAAGCUCGAAAAACCCACCCUUCAAUCGAUGAAAGAUAAAAACCCCAUACUCCUGCUCCCAAAAACACUUCGUGAGGUAUGCGACGUCGCUUUCAAGCUAGGCUUCGAAUACGUCUGGAUCGACAGACUAUGCAUCAUCCAAGACUCAGAAGAAGACUGGCAACGAGAGGCAUCGAAAAUGGGCAUGGUAUACUCCGUAGCCACACUCACCAUCGCCACAAGCUGUGCCCCAAACGAAGACACGGGGUGCUUCCGAGAUCGGAAACCCGCUUGCAUCACGCCACUAUUCUUAACAUCAUGCCCAUUCUCCGAAUCCCGCAACAUCGCAAUCUACAGCGAGGGAUCCGGCGAAGACUGGCGGAGGAUCCGACACGGGUAUCUCAAAGAACGGGGGUGGACCCUGCAGGAAUGGCUUCUGUCGACCCGCGUCGUCCAUUUCUCCAGGAAGCAGGUGUAUUGGGAAUGCAGACAGAGCGACGCCAGCGAAGCCUGGCCGUCCGAUCUGAAACCCAACGCGAUCCGGCCCUCGGCAAAACCGCCUUUCGUGCUAUCGGAGAACAGGCAAUGGUCCGCGCAGGAGAACUGGGGGAGGAUCGUGGAGGAUUACUCCGGGCGGAAGUUUAGUUUCGACAAGGACAUGUUUCCUGCGAUAUCGGGGCUGGCGCGUGUUAUGGAGGAACUCGCUGACGGCCAGCUGGGGCAAUAUCUCGCGGGGCUAUGGGGUGCUAAUUUCAUACAAUGGCUUUGUUGGAGUACCGCGUGGAAAGUGCCCGUGAGCCUGCCCACGGAGUAUGUCGCCCCGUCGUGGUCUUGGGCAAGUCUACGUGCCGAAGUCCGCUUCGCCCCGUUCGAUAAUAUCGAUGUGGUUAAAUCCCCUGAAUUGCAUGGCAGGGUUAUGUUUGAACCAGAGGAAUACCUGGCUGAGUUGAAAGACGGGAGUCUAACUCGCGUUUCUACUAUCGAUUCUUAUGCCGCGAUACGGGAUGGGUGGAUUGUGUUGUCCGGUCACAUGAAGCGAGUUUGGGUUGGUACCCCUAUAUCUAACGAUAAUCCUCGCUGGGGGGUUAUACCCCACUCAGAGACUCCGAACCUCGAUGAUCUAAAUUCGGGGAAUUUGGACUCAGAGGACAAAUUACUACCAUUUCGCGGCGAGAACGCCGGGAUAGUCUUCGCGAAAUCAGAUUUCGUAACUUGGACAUCCAUUUCGCCCUUAACACCAAUCUACUGCCUACCAUUAGUCAAGGUCAGAGUUAGGGCCUAUAAAAGAACGGAGAUCCAUUGUCUCCUCUUAAUACCCUGUGCUUCACAGGAGCAUAACAGGACACUACCAGCGAGAUCAACUCCAUACGCUUCGAACGAAUUCGAAAGGGUGGGAAUAACAAUGAUAAAGAUGCGUGAUGACUGUUGGGAUGGCUAUCAGAAAUGGAUUUCGCGGAGUCCGAGAGAAGAAAUCGUCAUUCGAUGAACCAACACCAUCAACCCUUCAACCACAUCACUUACGCACCACAAACAACACACCACACAAACCCCAAUCAGAGAAACAAACAUCACCAAAAAUCGCCGAUAUCAAAUUACCUAACCCUAAGCAAGCUAGACAGCAACUCUCGUACCAUUCCGAAGUGAUGCGUAGCAAUUUUGUACAGUACCUAGGUAUAGAAAUCAACCUCCUACUGAACCACGUUGCCUGCCUGCUUACUAACUCACAUAA